AUGGACCGAGCCAUUGCCACAAGAAGCCGAACUGGCUGUAUAAAUUGCAGGAAGGGGAGGAUUCGUUGCGAUGAGAAGAAGCCUGAUUGCACUACUUGCAUAGCCAAAAAGAAAACGUGCUCGUAUGGCCCAGCUAGGCCUCCGCUUCGUGAUCGUAGAGCACAAGCAUUGCCGGGACAGCAAACUCCUUGGGCUCUCCAAGUUUCCCACCAACAUCAAACAUUCCCUUCGGCAAAGAAGGAGUCAAGUGGCAGAAGAAAAAAACAGCCAACAGAAAAGGAAACAAUGAUCCGUCGAUGGAAACUGCCCCGGUCAGACGCCGUAGAUCCGUUUAACGCCCUCCCGAUCAAGAUGCCUUUCAAUUCCAAGGAAUUGCUUCACUAUUCUAUUGGGACAUUUAGCGGUUUAUCAUCACACCAGAUCAAUGUUUGUGUUGACUCGGCGGUCAAGACACCAGUGGCGCUUCGAAAUACGCUCAUUAUUGCUGGAAUUCAUCACGUUUGGAACACUGGGGAGCUUCGAGUAUUCAAACGCGCUUUUAUUUCCCACAAGCUCCAUGGCAUACAUCAAGUCAACGGAUGGCUGGACAGGACACCGGACACAGCCACUUUCUUCAAGUGUUGUCAACUAAUUGCUACAUUAUGUAUCACAGAGUGUUGCGUUAAGAAUUUCGCAGUUGCCGAUGCACAUUUAGCAGGUCUAUUGGCAUAUAUGGAUCAUUUUUCGGCUACAGAACCCGGGUUUGAUCUCAGCCAAAGCAUCGAAGGAGAGCUCCUAAAUAGAUAUUUUAUCUUAGCCUUCAACAUCAUGCAUGGUCUGAAGAGUCAAGUCAAUGACUUCAUUAGGAUGAUACCCAAAUCAAGCGAUCCUCAGCGACCAAUAGAUAAGAAAAGACUUCGGGAUAUGAUUUAUAAUGCCCACACGGAUGAAGAAGAGCGCCUGUCACGACUGAAAGGAGUAUCGCUAUUUCCAUUCUUCUUCAUCCCCCUCGAAGCUGUGAAGAAGCCAUUCCGCCAUGUUGACGUGAGCACUAUGCUUGAGUCCCUCCGAGAUGUCACAAAAGCGUAUGAUAUGAGAUUUGAACGGCCUUCACGGAAUGGUGUCGUUGAUUCUCAGUAUCAUCUAUGGCAUAGUGGCGCGCCUUCUAAGAUGUUUGUUGCAUCCAUUGAUGCACACGCCAAGUCACUUUCGCAUAAUCCCGACCUCUCCGCCCAGGAGAAUGAUUCGUUGCUAUCUUCGUGGUCAGGGUUCAAUGUUGCUGAGGGAAUGUACCUUACCUCUGUGCUGGGGAUCUGGAAUUCCGGCUCACCCCCUGAGACGCCACUUCACUCACGUGGUCUUCUUAUCCUAGAGAGAGAUCUACAGGCCGAACUUGUAGAACUUGUCACAGGAAGAGAGCAACGGCAGGAAUUGUGGCUUUGGAAGUUGUUUGUCGGGAUCCUUAGCAUAGCUCACGCCGAUGUGCAGUCGCGGAAGAGCUUCUUUCAAGAGCUGAGUGCGCACUUCUCCCGGCUCGUUCGAAAGUGGAUUGAUUUAAGAGGGAUGGGAUCAAUGCAGUGGGAAAAUGCUCGGGAGGUCCUCAGCAGUAUCACCUGGCCGGUGCAUUUUCAGAAGGAAGAAAUAGCUCGUCGGCUCUGGUGUAGUACGAUUUUGGGGGACGAGGAGGCAGCGGCCUUUUCAGGAUCCCGGCACGUACAGAUUAAUUGA